CAGAGUAACAAUCAGUGUCACCCCGGCACCGCGGGAGAUAAGACAGUGGAGGUGACAUAUACUACGUGUCUGUAUGUACAUGAGUCUUGGUUCACCUCCAUGGUGUGUUCGGUCCAUAUGUGUGUGUGUGAACUUACAACAAAAAUUUCCACGUGAACUCUGACCUCCCCGCAUGGAGAGUCGCACUAGCGUUAAAAUAGGCUUGAUGCCAGACCUGCAUAAACACCAAAACAAACUUUAUUUAUCAAACCAGAAUAAAAAAGACGUUUGUGUUUUUACUGUGAACUGAUAAGAGAGAAACACUGAUAAUUUAUUCCGUUUUUCCUCUUCUGAACAGCUGUUUCUUGAAGAAUUUUUACAGUGAACGAGACUACAUCAUCCUGCCUCAGACUUAUUGUUCAAGUUCAGCUCCUGAACUUCUGCAAAGGUGAACUUGAAGAAAACAACAUUAGCAUCGAACACUCAGCAUGAAGAAAAUGAACAUUAUAUUACAACAGUGAACUAUGGAUGGAAGAACAAUAUUUAUGAACAGUAAACCCGAAGAACGUUCUAAUAGUGAUUUUGAAGAACAAUAUUUUUGAACAAUGAACUUGUAGAAUAAAUUAAAACAACAUUAUCCUGACAGCGAGUUUAUCAAGAUAGAAGAACUUAAUAACAGCUGUGAACAUUUGAAGAACAGACGUAAACAAACUUACAAUGACUUUAAGAAGAACUUUGUCUACAAUAUAUGAAGAGUCAUCAGGAUAAUUAAUCCAAUUAAUCCUGAGAAAAAAUCCCAUUUCACACGAUAUUAAGACACGAAAUACGAUAUUUAAUCAAUCAGUUUGCAAGUGGGAUUAAAACAGGGAUUACCAACCUGGGAUUAACAACAGAGGGAUUAAAGAAGAUUAUAAUCAGGGGAUUAACUGGCAUUUCAGCCGAGGGAUUAUAGAACGGGAUUAAAUAGUAUUGCAGUCAGGGGAUUUAUAUGGGAUUACAUGGGAUUACAGUCUAGAGAUUAAAGGGGAUUAAGUAGGAUUACAAGAGGAUUAACGAAAACAUCAUAGUUAAGGAACACAUGAUUAUGACUAUCUGGAAUCUGUCCAGAAGGAUAAGCGGAUUUAUUCAGCCGUAGAUUAAAUCCCAGUCUUCAACGUCACUGAAUCUCAUGGCGCGAGUGUGGUCAUGGGCGUGUGUGUGGGUGUGGGCGGCGGUGUUUGCCCUCCUCUUCUCUAAGGCUUGUGGGCGUGGCGGUAUUAAAGGAGAGCCUCGGGUGACGGGACAGUGGCAGACGAGGAAGGUGGUGAGGGAGGGAGACUUCGUGAAGCUACUGUGUCCCAUAACAGCCAACCCAGAACCUUUAUAUGAUUGGUUCAAGGACGGGGAGGCGGUAAAGGCUACAUGGAAGCGCUACAACACUAAGAAGAACGUGCUGAAGAUCAAGCCAGCCUUCCAAGAGGAUGCUGGCUAUUUUACCUGUGUCGGCGUCAAUGGCUUCGGCACUGUCAACUCAUCAAUGUCUCUCAUAGUUUUAGGAGAGGGAGAGCCUGAAGGAGAGCUGAUGGAGCCACAGUUGACGCAGGUAUGGCCAGAGAGUCCUUUACACCGUCGUCGGGGGGAACACCUGGUUCUUUCCUGUCAAGCUCGAGGACUCCCCACACCUAUCGUCACCUGGUAUAAGGAUGGUCUGUCGCUGAGUCGGGAGGGGGAACAGCUAACCUUCGACGCCCUUCUGACCACAGACUCUGGUCACUACACCUGCAGGGCCAACUCUGCUCUGGGAGGCAAGACGGCCAACUUCACUCUGCAAGUUGGUGAGCGAAGUGAAGAUCACGACUUGGAGAUAAGUGAAGCUGUUAACACGACCGUGGUAGAGGGCGGUACUACCUCCCUUCAGUGCACCGUUCGUACCUCUCAUCCACCCAGGGUACAGUGGCUGAAGGAAAUCACAGCUGACGAGGCUGGGGACGGAGGCGCCCAACUACCUAACUCAACGCAGAAGCUGGGAGGUAGAUGGUUCAGGAAGGUGGAGGGCGUGGGACGUGUGGUGGCGCGCGGGGACAGUCACUACCUCUCUAAGCUGACCAUCUCCCGCGCCACCCCACAUGUAGCUGGCGUGUAUGUGUGUCUGGCCGUCAACACCCUCGGCUUCUCCUUCAGAGAGGCCCACCUUACUGUCCUGCACCGUGAGGCUGGCACGCAGUACCCGCCGGUGGGGCAGAAGGAGAGGAGCGUCAACUGGCUGUUCCUAAUUAUCCCCGCUGUGGUGGUGAUUAUCGUGGUGGUUGCUGUAGUGCUCUGUCAGAUAAGAAAGACAUCGCCAGACAAGCCAGUGGGCGUGACUCCACCCACGCCCGUGUUGAAGGGCGGGGACGAUGCCUCCGGUCUCACACCCCUCAAUCCUGACUCCCACAACCACCACGCUCUCCCACGCCCACCGGACCUCGUGUAUCAGGAGGUGAGCGGGUAUCCUGGAGGCAGCCUGAGGAGCGGGCAGACAGGAGGCUUAGCACCAGGAGGCGGAGGAGGAGGAGGAAGUGGCCACUACACUGAGCACUACCCGAGUCCUUAUCCAGAGUCCUACAUUGACCCAGCUUACUCUGACCCAUACUCCGGGGAACGAGGUCCUACGAGAACUUCCGACCACAGCUACGCUCGUCUGACACACCCAUCACAUCCUUCACACCCUUCCCUCGCCUCCCACACAUCCCACGCCUCCCACGCCUCCUCCAGUCCCCACCUCCCGCCUCCCUACGCCCACACCCACGGACACUCCCACGCGCAUUCACACGCACACUCCCACAGGCAUCCACAGUAUUUCGUGCACUACAAUUUAUAGAAGAAUUAUUAUGUAAUAAAUAUAUUUACACACAUAAAUAUAUAGUGUAUGACGAACUCCUAGUGGCAUAGAACUUUAUAUAAGAAGUUUAUACUCCGAAUACAUAGCCAGUACAGAGGAAGACCCAAGGGGAUUUUAAUACGAUAAAUCAGUGUAGAUAAUAGAACAUUUGCUACCUCGACGUAUAUAAGGAUAAUAUGUGUAAGGAUCAUAUAUAUAUUAUACAGUAUAUGUAAGGGACUCUGAAACACUUAACAGGUGGCACACACUUGCCUUGGCAAACACACAGUAAAGUCCAAGUCAAUUUGAAAUAGUUAAGAUGAAAGUUUAAAAAAAAAAUUGUUCUGGGUGAAAAAGAAAGUGGAGUGUGAAUUAAAAGAAUAUGAGAUGUGGCGGAAAAGAAAGUGACAUUUUAACUGUGAGAAACUGGUCUAAGACGUAAAAGAAAAUAGUGUGGUGUAAAAUAAAAGUUAACAUAGUGUAAAAUAAGAUGGAAUGUCAUAGGAAGAAAACAAGAAGUAAAAUAAAUAAGUGAACGAGACGAUAAUACCCGAGUGUAAUGUAAACAAAGAAUAAAACAAACAUCAGAAAACAACAUAAAAAAAACUUAAAAUCGGAUAAAAUAACAAUAAUACUAAACACAGACCUAAACUCACGCCGUAAAACAACAUCACAACACAAGAAAUAACGAGAAAUGUCAGACAUAACUCAUCAAAAGGUGAAUUAGGCACAAAGGUGUGUGACGUCUCAUAAAAGGAACAACAACAACAUAAAAGAAGAAAAAAUUCACAGGGACGGAGGGAUUUAUGAAUGAAAAGGCGAGUCAUUCACAGUGAUGAGGCGCCAACGUGUUUGCUUACAAAAUACUCUCGUCGCAGCUAAGAGUGUGAGUUGGAUUAUAGCGAGAUCAACAGAUGUUGCUUGUGUCAUGUUACGAUGAUUCUCUGUUUCUAAGGAAAUCGUGGAGAAGGUACAGGUCUCCUAGGGAUAUGGUGGAGAUGACGGCAUUCUUCUCCAAGCAAUCUACUGUUUCCUUAGGAGAUCUUGGAGGGAAGGAUGUGGCAUUUGUUUCCAAGUGAUCUCUUGUUUAGGAGAUCUCUUGCUUCCCGUAAGACACAACGGAGUAUAAAGCGACGGUAUUUGUAUUCAAGCGACCUCCUGUGUCCUGAGAUAUUGUAGAGACAAGUGUUAUCUUUCUCUGAGUGAUCUGUUUUUCUUGGAGAUCCUGGAGGAGAAGAUGUCGUCGACUGUCAUUCCUGGAGACCGCGGAGGACAAGAAAAAGCUAUACCAGUCUCCGGCAUUGAAAGAAAGAAGGAAGAAAGUAAUGAAGGAAGGAAGAAAGAAACAAAGGAAUGGAUUAGUGAUAGAUAAUUGAUUAAUAAAAAGGAAGGAUCAACUUUCUCAUGCUUCAUAAACCUGAUAAAAAGCAACUGGAUUUUUCUUCAAGCAGUGAACUAACUAACCACGUUGGGUGAUGAACGAGUAAACACAAUAAUUCAAGUAACUAGUGGAACAAAUAUGAAAUUAAAACAAUAAAAGAACAGAAAAAUAUAUUAAAAAAAUUUGUGAAUACUAAACAUGCAUAAUAAAGUAAAAACAUAUAUAUUUAGUGGUUCUGUUCUGUGGUGAUUCCUCGUACAGUCGAAGGCCAAGAUAGGACAGAAAAAUUAAUCUAAAAGCCCUUCUGUCAGGUCCCAAUCAUCACGAGUUUUAAAGACGUUCUAAACCUUCCAAAGAAAUCCCCACCCCACUUCAUCCACUUCCCCUCAGCGGGUGUGUGUGGAGACAAUUGUACGUGUGGCCAAAUGUGUGUGCCGGUGUGUGUGUAUAAUGUAUGUUUCUGAUGUUAUAUGGACAUAAUGAGCCAAAUUAUGGAUGCCAAAGGUACUGUACGUAGAGGAUGAAGGACAGGUGGGUAGAAGCAGGCCAAGGAUAACCUCAGUAUUAGUGGAGGAUGAAGGAUGUGUGUGUGUGCGAGGCUGAGGUGUGACUGUGCCAAUACUGCUGGUGUCAUUAUUGUCUGUGUCAGCUGGAUAUAGGAAGGUCACACGUGUUGUCUCUUACUCGGGCACUGUGUGAGCUGUGUCCUACGGUACUGUUGUUUGGACAUUUGGCUUUAAAAGGAAAAGUACAUUUUCAGUGUACAUUGUCAUAUUAGCUUCUAGUGUACAUUGCCAGUGUACAUUGUUAGUGUAGCUUUAUAAAUGUACAGUGUCAGUUUAGCCUCUAGAUGUACAUUGUCAGUGUACAUUAUCAAGUGUACAUUUUCAGUGUAGCUUUAAAGUGUACAGCAUUAUUGUACAUCGUCCAGGAUUUACCCUGAAAGAACCCCGAUACAGCGAGCCACUCAGUCAUGUAUAUGUACAUAACAAUAAAUUCUUUAGCCAUAAUCACCCUUAUAACAGCUGUACACAGGGGCUGAGAAUGCUGGUCAUUUCAUUAACAUAUACCAUUUGUAAUCUGUGAUCUAUUAGCACGCGUCCAAUAGGAUUAAAAAAAUAUAAAACUUUUUUUUUUAACCGCAGGAAAAAAAAAAUAUUAAUUCACUGCAUAAUACAUUUUCUGCUAAAUUCAGAAAAAAAACAGAAUAUUCGGUGAGACCUUUUAAACCAAUUCACAAUCAUUGAUGUUUGAUACACUGAUGUAUGUAUGUAUGUUUCUGUAUGCGUGUGUCUGUAUGUAUCCUGUGUCUGUAUGUAUCCUGUGUCAAACAUUAGUUAUAUUUUCUUUAUCAAGUCUGGUACGGGUUGUAUACCAGAUCAAGUCACAGGUUAUAUAAUCUUUCUCACUGUGGAAAUACAUACAAUACCAAUGGUGAUAUACAUACAUACAUACAUACAUACAUACAUACAUACAUACAUACAUACAUACAUACAUACACACACACAUACAUACAUACAUACAUACAUACACACAUACAUACAUACAUACACACAUACACACAUACAUACAUACAUACAUACACAACCAGUUUCUACUUCUGAUAAUAUGUUACUCAGCUGAUGUACUAACAGGACAGGUGACAGGUAUAAGGAACAACAUAAUCAAUUGACGUUGCUUUAAUUGUUUACAUCACAACGAAGCCGCCGAUGGGUAGAGAAAAUUUGUUUGUUAUCUUAUCUGUUUGUGUAUUCCUCUGUGACGAUUGUGAUAUUGACUAAACCACGUCUCGACUUGUAGUAUCAUAUAAUGGGCGACGAGGUAGUUAGGCAGUCAGACGAACUAUCAAACUUAAAAUACUGUGGGAUUAAUUAUUGGUAAAGGAGAGAGUGAGAGAGUGAGAGAGAGAGAGAGAGAGAGAGAGAAAAUAAAAAUAUCAUAUGGUAAUUAAUUUCAGUAAUUAUAUAUAAACUGUAUAUCUGUUUUUCUAAUGUGGAUUCGGUUUAAUGCAGUCACUAGAAUUUGUAAUUUUUUUCUGUUUAAUUUUAGUUUGACUCUAGACUUUUUAUCUGACCCUCAUCUAUAAAUUAUAUUAAAAAAAAAUCCCCAAAUCAAAAUUAUCAUGAAUAUUAAUUAACAAAUUUGAAGAAAAAAGUAUUUAAUUUUAUCCAAAACUAAUAAAUACUUAACCUCUGACCAAAUUCUUUCCAGACACCAACACAGUGGAUUAAAUUCCUUGAAACUUUCUUAAAAAAAAAAUAUCCCAUCUAUGUUUUAAUAAUUCUUCUGUUAUUCAUUAUUGUUCUAAGUAAAUUGAGGGACAUCUUCACUAUCUCUCUGAGUAUGUCAACUAAACAUAACAAUGUGGUGUAAUUUCUCUCUAAGAUAAGAAUUAUAUUGUGACAGAUUAGAAAUGGAAUCGUUCUUACAUAUCUUCGCUUUUAAGGUCAUAUUAUCUAUCUAUCUAUCUAUCUAUCUAUCUAAAUCAUUAAUUACUGGGAUUUUUCUUUCUUUAUCAUCAUCAUCAUCAUCAUCAUCAUCAUCCAAUUUACCUAGUCCUUUGCUCCCUUUCCUUAUUCUAUCGUCAUUCCAUCCCUAAUCCUCUCUAUUUUCUCCCUCCUCCACAAAAAGGAACAGUAAAUCCCCUUCCAAUCACCAGUAACUUUAGGAUUUCUCUUCCAUUCCCAUCCCAUCCGUGUAAUCUCCCCUGUUCCUUUGUUCUUCAUGAAUAACCCAAUCACUUUUUGUGUGGGAUUCCGUCAUUCACGUUCACCCUCUCUGAGCUGAGUGUUAUAUAUAUUUUUUCCCCCCGGUAAGGUUUGUUCAGCUCUAUGGAUUACCCUCACUAGUUAUUGUCUUCCUUUAUCUCUCUCUCUCUCUCUCUCUCGAUCAAUCUAUCUAUCCAUCUAUCCAUCAUCUAUCCCUCUAUUGACAAGUUUUAUCUAUCUUAUAUAUAUACCCUCUCCUAUACACUCGUAUAUUCUUCCUCCACCUUAACCUCUUUGGGAGAUAUAUGAAUAUGUUCUUUGGUUUAAUAUAUCCACUAUAUCCACGAGUAUAUUAUCCCUAUCCACACCUUGGUAUAUAAAUAUAAUUAGUCGUUGAUUACUUUGUCUUUACAGGUAUGAUUAGAUAUCUUACCUGUACAUCUUCCAUAUAUACUUGACACCUUCUACGCCAUCACCCAACACCCCCCUCCUAACCCUUUGCUCUCUACCGUAGAUAAAUUUAACACCUCUUCAAUUUCUUCCUCAGUUAAGUAUUCUCCUAAUCUCUCAGUUCCUAUAUCCCACGGGUAUAUUCCUCCAUAUACCUAGCUCCAUCCCUCAACACCAUCCCUCUUCCAUCCCUCAACCAUCUACCUCCAACCAGGAUAGAAAACAGUGGAUAGUAGUCGGCAAAAUGAGCAAUACUCGAUCCUAAUUUUUUUUUUUGGUGGGGGGGUAAUCUAGUCACGACACACGGAUUCACAAUUGACGAACUGCUCCCCAUGUCUUGCUAAUACACGUCAAAAAACACACACACACAAAAAAACGAGAUUGUAAUUCCAGCCCCACUUCAUCUAUUCAUUCUAUUUUUGUAUAUUUAGAUUCGAUAUAUAUUAGUGCUUCUCUGCCUUAUAAUCAAACCUUAAUGCUUGCUAGAAUUCAUGGAAGAUUAAACUAAACGAAGAAAAAAAAGGAAAAAAAAAAACCGCACGACUUUGAGCAGUUUGUUAAUUGUCAAUGAGAGUCAAAUUCAGUUGAGGGAGGGGAAUUAGGGGAGGGAAUCAGGCACCGAGUUGAGUUGUCAAUUUUUAUUUUUAUUUUUAUUUCCCUCCCUCACCCCCUCACCCCUCACGAGUGAUUGUCAGAUAUCACUUUUUUCCUCGCCGUCUCCUCCCUUCCUCCUCCUUCGGUUGUCUGAUGCCAACUAGAGUAAUAAGAAUGUACAAAGCUAUUUAUAUAUGAGACUGUAAUGUGUAAGACUAUUAUCAUUAUUAUUAUUAUUAUUAUUAUUAUAAAGCCCUGUGUUUCCAUGGUGUAAAUAUGUGAGAUAAUUACAUAUAUAGAGAUUACUUACUGUUAUUAAUAUUAUGUACAUAUAUUUUUUUCUUUGGUUUCCCAUAUAUGUGAUUAUUUAAUUAUCAGCAUUAAAAAAAAAUAACUAAACAGUGUGAGUGGAUUUUUUAUGGUAAAGUAUAUAUGUAUUGUAUAUGCACAGUUAUACCUAUAUGUUGUAUAUAACAAAUAUCAACUUAUAUAGAUGUCACAUUGAACCAUAAACACAAACUGAUAA